AUGUUUUUUUCUCAUUUAUGUCGUCCAUUCAGUCCUUUGCAGCCUUUUCAGCCCUCAGAGCAGCUUAUUCCUCCAGCCUACCAACCCUCUACUUGUGAUGCCACUUAUUUUGAUACCAAGCCAGGCAAUAUUAAAUCAAUACUGCAUCCUCAACAAUCAAAUGCUUCUCUUAGUGGACUCAGCCCAUCAUCACUAUCCUUUCUGCGCGCUUAUGAGACAUAUAUGCUUCAGCUGGACAACAUCCGAGUUCUAAUUGGCCGUUUUGAUGUUCUCGUGCGUUCAGGUGCUUGGGCGCACAACAAUCUUCACUCAAGGUUUCCUUUGCCUUGUGAUAUCAAAUCUCCUGUCGGUGCUUUCGAAUCAGGGGUGGAGCUGAUGGAGGGAAUGGCGAAUAGUAAAGUGGUCACAGGAUCAUAUUGCCAAAACAACGAAAGUGGGUGA